CCGUGACGCGCCUGCGCAGAAGGACUGCGGAAGCGCGAGCCACGCUGAAUGGAAGGAGAGAGGGUCGGCAAGGCCUGCCGCCGAUAAGGCUGAUGAACUGCUGAGUCUGUGUUGGAAUCAGUAACGGAUUAGAUGAGAGAUGAUGAACUGAUGAAUGACCCUGGCAAGAUGGAGUUUCUAUAGGCUCUUCUUUCCCAUUCUGUGAUUGAUAGCCUGUAUUCAGAUUUCAUAUCAUGGGACUACGAAUUCACUUUGUAGUAGAUCCUCAGGGCUGGCUCUGUAUGGGUCUUAUUAUCUUAGUUUGGCUUUUCAACCUGAUCGUCAUUCCAAAUGUUAUCCUGUUUCCACGUCAUGAAGAAGAAGAUAUAUCAGUGAUUGCAAUAUUCUGUUUCUACAUACUUGCAUUCCUCUGCAUCGUUUCGUUAUUUAGAGCCUCCAUAGCAGAUCCAGGGAGACUGCCUGAAAGUCCAAAGAUACCAAUUACAGAAAGAGACUUUUGGGAAUUAUGUAAUAAAUGUAAUAUGAUGAGACCAAAGCGUUCCCAUCACUGCAGCCGAUGCGGACACUGUGUUAGGAGAAUGGAUCAUCAUUGUCCAUGGAUUAAUAACUGUGUUGGUGAAGACAACCACUGGCUGUUUUUGCAGUUGUGCUUCUACACAGAGCUCCUCAGUUCUUAUACACUGCUGCUUGAUUUUUGCCACUGUUACUACUUUGAACCACUAAAAAGAAUUAAUUUGAAUCUCUUUGUUGUUAGACAUGAACUCGCCAUGACACGAAUAUCUGCCUUCAUGGGUUUAAUAAUGCUGGUUGGAAUUAGUGGACUUUUUUAUACUCAGUUAAUUGGUAUAUUUAAUGACACUACAAGUAUAGAAAAACUGGCAAACUGUUGUGAAGAAACAUCGAGACCCCGAAAGCCGUGGCAGCAGACCUUCUCAGAAGUUUUUGGCACUCGCUGGAAGAUCCUGUGGUUUAUUCCUUUCAGGCAAAGGCGACCACUGCGAGUUCCCUACCACUUUGCCAAUCACGUCUAAACAGAUGGAUGGUGGGCACAGAUGGGUCCUCCAUGCUGGAAGUGCGUUGCAGGUUUUGUGAUAAUAGAACUAUGACAGUCCUCAAGUCAAUUAAAAUCUACCCACCAAUCUUAAACAUCACAAUGUGCCCCAGGCUUUAUUUUAAUAAUAAUGAUCUUGAUUCUGUUUUGGGAUUAAUGCACAUUUCUCUGUUUACUUUUAAAGUGUACUUACUUUCACAUUAGCUUUCUAGAGGAAUUACUUUGAUAUGUGAGGUUAAUAACAAACACAGUGAUUGAUGUACAAACAUUACAGUUUUUUUGUCUUGAUACUGGAUAAUACGAUGAUAUGUUUUGAUAGAAACUGUCAUUUGCUCAGAUCAAUGGGCUUGAAAAGUGUCCUGCCUGGCUUGAAUUUUUUUAUUUAUUUUUAAAUCAACAGUACUCACUGGAUUAUGUGGAGAGCCCCCUUUUCUUGCUAAUUUGGUGUAAAUCCCCAUUGCCUUCUUUUUGUCAUUUAUGAUGCAUGGUAAUGAUUGAGCUGCUCAUCUAAAGGCAAAAGUGGGAUUUUAAUGGUUUUUUUUAAAAACAACGGUUUUGUAUCUAAUGCAUCCAGUUAUAAAAUUGUGUUCUUACUGUCUUUGUAAUUAAAACAAAAAUGAAAACCCUGCUGUUACUGUAAAAGAAGAAAUUGUAUUAUCAAAAGUUCCUUCCUUCUCCUUGUAAAUGCAAUAAUUAGUACUAGGUGGUAAAUGUGUAUUAGAAACACAUACUGGGGCAAACUUAGGCAAUGAUCCAGCCAAAGUUAAGCACUUCAUUUUACUGAUAUACUUGGACAUCUCUUCAAACAUUUCUGAAAUGGGAACCAUGUUAGUCUGUUAUGGAAAUAAUCUGAUGGCACCUUAAACAUGAUGAAAUGUAUUACAGUGCAAGCUUUCGUGGAUUUAAGCUGGCACAUGCUAAUUUAGGAACAAGCCUAAUUGAGUUCAGAGGUACUUCGCUUCUGAAUAUAGAUGUAUAGGAUUGCUAAAUGCUUAAUUUUUGCAGCAUCAUGCCUGUUGGUUUUACUAGUUGCUAUAAUAUAUCAGGUAUAAACAUAUAAAAUAUGCUGUUGUUGCUAUAAUUAUACUUCCUGUUUUGUAUAGUCACCACUAGAAAUAUUUAGAAUUUAAAUUUGAAGUGUUCAUAGAUUGGUUAAUAUAUAGGGGAGAUAUUUUUAAAAUGCUAUUUAAAUAUGGGUGGUAAAGAGAAAUAUUGGUUACUGUGCAUAAAGUUCUAAUUUAAUUUGUAUUAUUAUGUUAUAAAAAGUGAAAUGAAGCAUCUAUGCCAAUAUGGCAGGAUUUAAGCUGAUCUGCAAUGGGUAGUAUGAUAUUUACCAAAUGUUGGCAAGUUAACUUUCAAAGUGAAGUUUGCUUUCAAAGCAUGAUGUGAUCUAUGGCCUAGUUUUGUAAGUAGUUCACACAAUCACAGGGUACUGAAAUGAUUUUGGUGCAUGGACACUGUGGUGUACUCUUAAUUGUAUUGUUGGCACUGAAGUAGCUAUUUGCAUUGCUUUGCUGUGCCUUUUGUCUGCUCAGGCCUUGACAUAGCCCAGCCUUUCUGAAACUGCUGUUCUCUAGGGGUUGGUCUACAGUUUUGCCAUAUGUAACCAUCAUAUUUAACCAUAUAAGGCGUGACUGAGGGUGAGUUACUGUCCUCAACAUCAAGACCACAAGAGUGGGAAAGUCUUCCAUAAUCUCCCCUUUAUAUAUUGUUUAGCUGUUGAGGAAGUUCAGCCUCUACCUUUGCAUUCCAUCCUUUGGGCCUAUGGAGGUUUUGUGUCCAUACACAUGGAAAACAUGUCCUUGGGCCAUGAGCCCAGUAGGCGUGGGUGGAUAUUGAUUAGUGAACCAAAGCUAGUUACUGUUUAUACUCAUGUGUAAGUCUAGAAAAUUUUGUCAAAAAAAUUAACACCCCCCCCCCCAAAACUGUUCAGUGUAAGUCCUAUCCCUUAACUCUUAUCAAAAAGAGAACCACCCCUUUGCUAAGUAGAGGUGGAAGGCAAAAGCUUACUUUAGCUUAGGAAAACUUUAAAGAAGCACCAAUACCCUCUACUCCUUUUGCCUUGGUGGGAAAUGGCAAAAGAAGUGGCCUUUUACAUUUUCCCUCAAAGAAUGUCAAAGAGAGUGGAGGGUUCUUCUGGGAUGAACUAAGCUCUUGCCAUUCACCACUUGCUCAGAGAACGGGGUUGUUCCUUUUUUGGGUAAUACUAUGCAUCAACUUUUAUCAAAAAAGGAACCAGAUCCUUUUCUGAAUAGAAUGCUGAAAAGGCCUUUCUGAAUAUAUAUUUUAUAUUUAUCAUGUCAGAAGCAAACUGGGGGUACAGUUAAAAUGUAUUUAAAAAACAAACAAAGUUAAAAACUUGACAUUAUGCUAAAUUUCCUUUGACCAGAAGCUGCCCACUUGGAGUGCCUCUGGUGUCGCUAUGAGAAGGUCCUCCAUUGUCCAUUGUGCAUGUGGCAGGGCUCAGGUUGCAUUGUAGUAGGUGGUCUGUGGUUUGCUCUCCACUCGCAUGUUGUGGACUCCACUUUGUAGCCCAGACUUUUUCUUCGUGGACUCUGUGAAUGCACACAUGUGGAGUAUCCGUGCCCGUUCAGGCUCCAACAGAAAACGUCCAAAGUUUAAAUCCAAAAUUUUGGCGGUAACCCCGCCCACUCCCUUCUCCACGGCAUAAAAGGCACCCUGGCCACAAGAUCUGCAGGGUUCCUCAUCCGGCCUCAGCCACUGAUUGAGGUUCUGGGUUUUAACCUGCCACUUUUGGAUUCUUGCUUGCUUAGGUGUUCUUGCGAGUAUCUCUGUCGAUCUUAGGAAGCUGUUUCUUGAUUUAAGGAGUUGGCAUGCUGGCUGAUAUCUGAACAGAGGAUGGGCUGGAGAUGUCAAUGUCUUGGUCCUUUCAUUAUUGGCUGCUACUUCCCAAUGGAUGUCAGGGGGUGCAAUACCAGCUGAACAGUGUAGUUUCUCCUUUGAAUGCCUAGGCAGAAAAAAAGUGAGGAGCAGCUGCCCCCCUGAGAUGACACUAUUGUUUUCCCCUCUCCCACAGAUGACCCUUGAUUUAUUCAGGAGAAAUAUCAAAAUCCAUAAUUUUGACCUCAACAUUUACCCUCAACUUUUACAUAAUGUUGACUUAUACAUGAGUGUAUACAAUAAUUCUGAACGCAUUGUGUGUGUUAGGGCUUACUUUAAGGGCAUUUUCAACUUGAUGCUUCCACAAUCAAACUAUAUUAUUUGGUUUUGGUUACAAAAGAUGUCAUCAUUUGUAUCCUAGCCACCUAAAGUCUGUGUGUUGCUGUGAUGUAAAUAGGGGAUACAGUGGCAUACAGUGAGACCCAUGACAGACAUGAGAUGUCAACUAGUUCAUCCUUCCAUGCUGCUGUACCAAAAAGAACCAGUUACUGUAUCCUUAACUAUAUUUGACAGAUAUAGUUAAUGUGCUUAUAAAACCUUUGAAUUGUUACUAUUAGGAAAUAGUAACCUGGAAUUAACAACACACAGUUGCACUGCAAAUUAGGUCAGUGCUCUGCUUAGACCAAUUACUUAUUAUCCUUAAAAAAUUGUUUACCAUUCUGAUUGUAUAUUAAUAUGCUUAUUAUGAUACAGGAGUUAUUUCAUGUUUUACAUUUAUUCCUACACUUACUGAGAUAAAAAGAGUAUUUUUAUUUUGAAAAGUUCUUAUUACCUCAUUGAUAGAAUUGGAUUUUGGGGAAACAUUAAAUAAACAAUAGUAUUACAUGCAGUUUGAUUUUAAAAAAGAAGCGAGUGUUUUAGUCUUCCAGAAAGCUAUUGGAGUUUUGGAGCCAAUCAUAGUAUUUGAUUGAAAGACCUUGGCUCUUGAUUACUUUCCCCUAGCAUUGCUUAUGAUUUAGAUCCAUUAAUUUAUUUUAACACAUUUUAAAAUCAUUCCAAAUAGCUGGUCUAUGGGAUAAUAUUCCCUGCUAAUAUUUAUUUUGAAAUUCAAAUUGAAGGAACAGAAACUGUACUUGAAACUAAAUACAUAUCAAUACCACAUUGUUACCCUUUUCUCUUUCAUCACCUAUUGCAUCCUAUUGAUUACCAAAUGGUAUUAAAACAUGGUUUGGAGGUGGGGGGUCCAUUGUAUAAAACUAUGAUAAUACUGGAUGUAUCACCAAAAUGAACUCUGUGUUUCUAAAAGUUUGCAAAUGUUCCAUGAGCUUGAAAGAUCCACUUUUCUCUUGUUGUCAAAGUGCCCUCUCUUGGUUGAUUUGUAUAAUGACACUGGCAAUCUGCCUUCAAAAAAAAUGCCUUCUAAUUUCAGAAAAGAAAACAGUAUUUUUGCACCCGUCUUUUGAUAGACAUGAAUAUUGAUACUUCAGUCGAAAAAAGUAGUUCAAUAGAUGGUAUGUGAGCAGCGUAGCAGACUUCUGGAACUGGGAAUAAAAAUGAGUUCCUUUGUAUGUAGAAAAAAGGGAACUUGUUCCUCCAUUCAGAUAUGCUUUAUCUGGCGUGACUAGUAAUACUCCUGUUUGAAAAAGUAACAAGUAUAAGAAAGAUAGACAUUUGUGCCAGUGAUAUCUCCUAAACCUGGAUGUUUGAAAACCUACAUAUGUGGAUAAAAA